CGGGGGACUGUGCUAGACGACCACCCUCACCCCACUCAGGAUGGCAGAGGAGGUCAUCAUCCCCGUGUACUGCACGGGGGUCUCGGCGCAGGUACAGAAGCAGCGGGCUAAGGAGCUGGGCCUGGGGCGGCACGAGAACGCCAUCAAGUACCUGGGCCAGGACUUCGAGCAUCUGCGGGCGCAGUGCCUGCAGGCCGGAGCCCUCUUCCGCGACGAGGCCUUCCCUCCGGCCGCCACCUCCCUGGGCUUCAAGGAUCUGGGGCCCAACUCCUCCAAGACCUACGGCGUCAAGUGGAAACGGCCCACGGAAAUGCUGUCAAACCCUCAGUUCAUCGUGGAUGGGGCCACCCGCACGGACAUCUGCCAGGGAGCCCUGGGUGACUGCUGGCUGCUGGCUGCCAUCGCUUCCCUCACUCUGAACGAUGCCAUCCUGCACCGAGUUGUGCCCCACGGACAGAGCUUUCAGAACGGCUACGCGGGCAUCUUCCACUUUCAGAUCUGGCAGUUUGGCGAGUGGGUGGACGUGGUGGUGGAUGACCUGCUGCCCACCAAGGACGGGAAGCUGGUGUUCGUGCACUCCGCCCAGGGCAACGAGUUUUGGAGCGCUCUGUUGGAGAAGGCCUAUGCCAAGGUGAACGGCAGCUACGAGGCCCUCUCGGGGGGCAGUACGUCCGAGGGCUUCGAGGACUUCACGGGCGGAGUGACCGAGUGGUUUGAGCUGCGCAGGCCGCCCGGCGACCUGUACCAAAUCAUCCUCAAGGCCUUGGAGCGUGGCUCCCUUCUGGGCUGCUCUAUCGACAUCACCAGUGCUUUCGACAUGGAGGCCGUCACCUUUAAGAAGCUGGUGAAGGGGCACGCCUAUUCGGUCACGGGAGCCAAGCAGGUGACCUGUCGGGGCCAGAGGGUGAACCUGAUUCGCAUGAGGAACCCGUGGGGUGAGGUGGAGUGGACGGGGGCCUGGAGCGACAGCUCCCAGGAAUGGAACAUGGUGGACCCUUCUCAGCGAGAGGCGCUCCGGAUCAAGAUGGAAGACGGGGAGUUCUGGAUGUCAUUCCAGGACUUUCUGCGGGAGUUCACGCGCCUGGAAAUCUGCAACCUGACGCCCGACGCCCUCCAAGCCCGCAAGUUCCGCAAGUGGAACACCACUCUGUACGAUGGCACCUGGAGGCGGGGAAGCACCGCGGGAGGCUGCAGGAAUUACCCGGCCACGUUCUGGGUGAACCCACAGUUCAAAAUCCGCCUGGAUGAAGUGGACGACGAGGACAACGGCGGGCGGGAAGCGGGCUGCAGCUUCCUGCUGGCGCUCAUGCAGAAGCACAGGCGCAAGGAACGCCGCUUUGGCCGCGACAUGGAGACCAUCGGCUUCGCCGUCUACGAGGUUCCUCGAGAGCUGGUGGGCCAGCCCAGCGUGCACCUGAAGAGGGACUUCUUCCUGGCCAACGCCUCGCGAGCCCGCUCCGAGCAGUUCAUCAACCUGAGGGAGGUGAGCACGCGCUUCCGCCUGCCGCCCGGAGAGUACGUCGUCGUCCCCUCCACCUUCGAGCCCAACAAGGAGGGCGACUUCGUGCUGCGCUUCUUCUCCGAGAAGGCGGCGGGCACCGAGGAGCUGGAUGAUCAGAUCCAGGCCAAUCUCCCAGAUGAGAAAGUGCUGUCAGAGGGCGAGAUUGACGAGAACUUCAAGACCCUCUUCCGGCAGCUGGCGGGGGAGGACAUGGAGAUCAGCGUCAAGGAGCUCCAGACCAUCCUCAACAAGAUCAUCAGCAAACAUAAGGACCUGCGGACCAAGGGAUUCAGUACAGAGUCGUGCCGCAGCAUGGUGAACCUCAUGGACCGGGACGGGAACGGGAAGCUGGGCCUCGUCGAGUUCAACGUCCUCUGGAACCGCAUCAGGAACUACUUGUCGGUCUUCCGCCAGUUUGACCUGGACAAGUCGGGCAGCAUGAGCGCCUACGAGAUGCGGAUGGCUCUGGAGUCUGCAGGGUUCAAGCUGAAUAAGAAGCUGUAUGAGCUCCUCAUCACGCGCUACUCCGAGCCCGACCUGGCCGUCGACUUCGACAACUUCGUCUGCUGCCUCGUGCGCUUGGAGACCAUGUUCCGGUUUUUCCAGACUCUGGACACGGAUAAAGAUGGAGUCGUGACUUUUGAUCUGUUUAAGUGGUUACAGCUGACCAUGUUCGCGUGAGGAUCCAGGCUUGGGCCUCCUCUCCGCUGUGCCUCCUCCUCCUCCUCUUCCUCCUCCUGUCGCCUGCGGAGCCCCCAGCUGCAAGUGCCUUGGCGAAAAGGGGAAUGUUUGUCGUCCUGCCUCCGCCGGCCCGGGAAUCCCUCGGACCUUGGAGCCUGGGGUGGACGCCGACUCCCUCCACCUCGGGGCCGAGAGCGGCAUCCGAUUAGAGUGCGAGGGGCCCCGGUGCCUUGAAUCUGGUUGGGGGUCCGCGGCGGGCCCAGUGUGGACUCCAAGGGCCUCCGGGGUCCCGGCCCCCGCUCAGGGACCCCUCUCGUCCCCCUUCCCCUCCGCAUUCAACCACUAGCUUGCCUCUGGAGGCCCCGGGUCCUGAAGAGCUUGGGAUCCUCCUUGCCUUCACACUUCAAAAGCCAAACACAGUCGCCACCACCCUGCUCAACCCGCCCCCGGACCCCUCUCCAUCAGGCCAACCUCUUCCUUCCUCCUCCUCCGCCAAGCAGGGUGACCCACUUCGGCUCCCUUUUUAUGUUAUAUUUUUUUAUACUCGGUGAUUGGCCAGGGGACGCUGCCGUGGGGAGGGGGGUGCUUGUCUGGAUGAAGCCCACCCUCCCCGCCCCCCAAUAAAAGGAGUGAAAACGU